GUGACGCUGCUCGGCCCGUCCUGUCCGACUUGAUAAAAUGGAUUGUUUGUUUAUGUUCAUCCGACUCUAACGAAGCCCCUCAUUAAGCCGAUCAGUGCCGCUGCCGAGCUCAGCGAGUAAAGGCGCUAUACAGAGAUGUCGCUCCCUCUUUACCCCGCCCACUCUGACCUCACAGCGAACCUGUCGCAGAACACGACCUCAGAGCCGACCGGGGUCGGAGUUCAGAGGUCGAUCCUGGCCCCCGUGCUCUUCCUGGAAACGGCUGUGGGGGUUUCUGGGAACAUCCUGGUCAUUGUGACCAAGAUCAAGAACUCGAAGCUGGUUCGCUCCAACUUUGGGAUCCUCAUGUUCAAUCUCUCUGUGUCAGAUUUGGGCUGCAGUCUGGUUAUAAUGGUCAGCGCACUGGUCUCUGUACUGGCCGGGAACUGGGUACUGGGAGCUGUGGUGUGCGACCUGGUGUGUCUGCUGAACUACACCUUCAUUAUCGUCUCAAUGGGAACACUGGGUGCUAUCUCUCUGGACCGGUUCGUUGCCGUGGUGUUCGCCGUGAGGUACAGGACUCUGUUUCCGCGCAGCGUGGCUGUCCUGGCCUGCGUGUCCACGUGGAUCUCAGGGCUCGUCUUCGGCAGCGUGCCAGUCAUUCUGCGCUGGGUCAGUUAUGACGGCUCAGAGCUGGUCUGCACUAUUCGCUGGAAUGAGGAUUUCUGUCAUGUUGUGAUCUACACUCUGUGUGCCUUCGCUGUGUGCUUCCUCACCCCCAUCGUCAUCAUCGCCUCCUCCUACAGCCUCAUGUACCGAGCGUACCGACGCGCUGCCUCCAAAUCCAACAGAAAGAAUUCCUCCUCUCCCAGACUGGCUGAGAUGAUCAUAGUCCUGGUCCUGUCCUACCUCUUCUGCUACUCCCCAUUCGCAGUCACCAAGGUUUUGAAGGUUGCGAAGCAGGAUCUGAAGGCCGUCCCUGAUUGGUUGAGCAUGCUCGCGUCCCUCAUGGCCUUUCUCAACUGUGGGAUGAACCCUCUGAUCUACCUGACCAAUCCUGGCUUCCGGGAGGCGGUGCUUAAGAUGUGCUGGACCAAUGGGAGGCGGGAAAUUCAUUCCGUAUGCAAAACGGUUUCAAAAGAGCAAAGACCAGCUUAGUUUGGGGGAAAUAAAAAAACAACAACUAUGUUUUAUAAUAAACUGUGGCUUCAGAAUACACUGGAUAAUUUUUCUAUACUGUUUUCCCCUUAUCUUCCCACGAGGUUUGCUUUCAUUCCCAGCGCUGCGUCUUCCUGUCACUCAAACACUGUGUUUAUUAUUAUUUUGUUGCUCAGUCUGUGUUGCUUUGACUGUGAGUUCAGGAGCUGCUCUUCAGUUCUAGCUGCGCUGCCAUAGUUAUUGUAUUGUGAAUUGGUACAGCACUGGCUAGGACUACAGCUCCCAGCAUGCCUCUGCACCCGCGGCAAUGGUGAGGGAUGCUGGGAGCUGUAGUUCUUUAACUGCAAUGCGCUGGGCUGGGCUGUAUUACAUUGUUUUUGCUCAGUCUGUGUUGCUUUGACUGUGAGUUCAGGAGCUGCUCUUCAGUUCUAGCUGCGCUGCCAUAGUUAUUGUAUUGUGAAUCGCUACAGCCCUGGCUAGGACUACAGCUCCCAGCAUGCCUCUGCACCCGCGGCAAUGGUGAGGGAUGCUGGGAGCUGUAGUUCUUUAACUGCAAUGUAUUGUGCUGUGCUGUAGAUCCAGCGCCACCUAGUGAUCUGACACUUUGGAUCAAGCUUGCUGGUAAUACACUAGCUGUGCACUAGAUGGCGCUCAUUAAUAUAACGUUGGCUGAUCUACAUUACACACGUCUUUGUGUAUGCUGGGAAAGAAUGCAAACCUCAUGGGGAGAUAAGGGGGAGGAGAGUGG